AUGGCGCAGAUGGGGUAUCGGAUUGGGUCGUACCGGGACAGCGAGUUACGACAGUGUGCUGAGGGUGACGUCGAGCGGCUAGACACCCAGCAUAGCGCAGGUAUGGAGGAUACAGAGACACAGGCCCAAGAAGACAUGGUUGGUGGGGCACAGGCCACUGAUGACCCGCAGCCCACCAACCCUGCCCCCAGCGACCGAUUAGGCCCUCGGCAGGUCCGAACCAUAAGUACCGAUUCUGAAGGAAACACCAUCAUCGAGGUGUGCACCAUCCUAGACUCGCAUAGGCGGCCGAGAGUCCCCCCUGGCAAACGGAUCAUACUGGAGUACAAUGCAUCAUUCCUGCCAGUGGGAUUUAGCGCCGUGAGGUUUAGGCGGAUGACCGGAGAUAUAAUUAAGAGCGGCAAUUUUGUCCGAAUACCGGACGAUUGGUCGAAGGCAUACUUUUUCGUCUCGCCCGAGUACAACUUGGAAGCUGUGAAGGAUGAAGCAUUUCGGGAUAUGGGCUCCAAGCUGCGGACAUGGAGGCAUGAUCUUAAAAAAAUUUGUGCCAUUACCGAGGAAGAUACUCCGGACACUAUACGGGCAAGACUGGGGGGACAGAGGCUGGGAGAGUACAAUGCUGUCGACUUGGAUAUAUUAUUAGAGAGGUGGUGUACCCAGGAGAAUAGGGAGUAUGCGGCGAAAAUGAAGACAUUGCGAGCAUUAAAUGAUUCACCGCAUUGCACCGGAUCAAAGAGUUAUGCCAGGUUGACACAGGAGGAGGCCGAACGUUUGGGCCAUCAACCUACUCGGGCAGAAAAUUACGUCCGUUCACACAAAAAGAAGAACGGUUCAUAUCCGAAUGAUAUUGUGAAGGAGAGAUGUGAACGGAUGAAGGAGCUUAUACCCACCGACCCUGCAGCAUCGUCUAACAUCACAGAUGGAACGGUAAGGUGGGCGCCAAACGACGCAUUUGACCAGGCAAUUGGAAAUAAGCCUGAGUAUGCCGGUAGGGUUCGGAUGGCUGGACCAAAUAUUCUGCCUAUGCAGGGGACCAUUCGCUCAUACUAUACACCGUCACAGCAAGUGGAGGAGCAGAUGGCUGAGAACAAUGCGCGGAUAGCUCGACAGGUAGCUGAACAGGAGGCUGAACGUCAAGCAAGGUUUGAUGCCCGUUUCCGCCAACUCGAGGAGCUGAUGCGGUUGUACACUUCACCAGACAGUGCUUCCCCACCCGUUGCGAGGGUGCGAUUGUCGGUCGACAGUGGAUCAGGUAAUGGACAUCGUCGAGAGGAUGCUAUGUGA